UAAUUUAGUUUCUCAGCAACUUUCAUGCAUAAAGGUUGAACACAUUGAUUCGAGCUCUAAGUCAUCAUAAAGUAUAACACAAUAAACAAUAAUAAUAAUAAUAAUAAUAAUAAUAAUAGUAAUAAUAAUGACAUCUAAAUAUUGGUAUAAAAAAACUGCUGUCAUUACGGGAGCUUCGAGUGGUAUCGGUGCAUGUGUAGCUCUUAAAUUAGCCAAUGCCGGUAUUACAGUGAUUGGCUUGGCGCGUAGAGUUGAACUUAUCGAAGAAUUAAAUAAUCAAAUAACCGGUGAGGGUAAAAUUCAUGCAUACUGUUGUGAUCUUAACGAUGAACCCAGUAUUUUGGAAGCUUUUAAAUGGAUACAAGAGAAAUUUACAACAUUUCAAAUAUUGGUUUGCAACGCGGGCAUGAUUAAAGCCAAUUUCCUUUCAGAAUCCCCCACAUCUGAUAUAAAGCAAUUGUACGAUUUGAAUGUUUUCUCUACGACAAUUUGUUUACGCGAAGGACUUCGAGCUAUGCGUUCUACGCCUAACCUAAAUUGCCAUAUAAUCAUCAUGAAUAGCAUACUUGGUCAUCGCGUACCCGAUGUGUCAAUGCCCUUAUUCAGCGUUUACCCAGCUAGCAAGCAUGCAAUUGCUGCUUUGUGUCAAACAGUGCGUCAGGAAAUACAAUUUCUUAAAUUAAAUAUUAAAUUAACGAGUAUUAAUCCCGGUAUGGUUGACACUGACUUCCUAAAAGUAUAUGCGACCGCAUCGAAAAUGCCAAAGCUAAACACUGAAGAUGUAGCGCAAGCAUUAUAUUACACUUUGGAAACACCACCUCACGUUCAAGUCGAGGAUGUCACAUUGCAAAGCGUACCAAUUCAUGGCGAAUAAACGAACGAUUGGGAAAAAAUUUUUAAAAAUAACGAUUAUUUU